AUGUUGCAGUCGAUCGAGGAUCUCAAAGGGAUUCCGCAACUGAUCCACGAAGUGGAGGCCCAGAGAGGAGAGCUGGCCGAGAAAAUCCAAGGCCACAACUCUCCAGGCGAUGACUUGCUCGACGACUUCGACAUGCUCGAUGCGCAGCUGGCCAAGGCCGCUGCGGACGUGGUACAGGCACGCUCUACUGCGGACGUCAAGGCUCUGAAAGAAAAGUACGGGAAUCUGGCCAUUCUCGAGCAGCUAGACUCACUUUUCACGCGCGAAGAAACUAAGCAAGCUCAGAAGCAUGCACUAGUCAAAGUUCAGAAUAUCUAUGACUCCAUGGCUGCCCAACAGGAGGCGAAUUCGGCCCAAUUGGAGCUAUGGCACGAAGACAUAAAGCAGGCCCUCGCGGAGGUUGAUCCCGACCUGGGCGCCCAGUCGGGCGUUUAUGUACGAUUUACUGCCCUAUUGACCCAAGAAGCUGCAGUUCUUUCUGAAGAGCUCAAAACCUUGCUUUUGAACGCCAAUUGGGACGCUACACAGUUCUCUGUCGUCGACGCAGUAGCAACUGAACACCUGAGGGACUUGUCCAAUAGGCUAUACCGUCUCUGGCAGCUGCAGCUCCCGGAGCCUGACUCCAACUCUAUCUGGAACUUCGAGUGCAUUGCCAACAAUUUCAAGAUCAAAUUCAUCUACCACUUCAAUAACCAGGCCGUGCAAGAGCCACAGUCGGUUGAGAUGUACUUCAAAUUUUUGGACAAGUAUCUGGAUCAGAACCUGUUCAAGUGCGUAGAUAUCUUCCAAGACCCCUCUUCAUCAUCUUCCAUGACUCAGGAACUGGUUCAUCAGCAGUUCAUCAAUCACAUCCUGAAUCCUAUUAGAGAAAAAGUCAGUUCCACGCUUCUGAAAAAUCCCGAAAUCUCCUCUGACCAAGACCUCAAGACCCUGAUUGCCCUGAUUUCCCAAAUUUUUAUUAUUGACAAUGCACUAAUUAAGAAGCACCUUUACUAUGGUCAUGGCCUAAUCGCCAUGAUCCCUAAAUCUAUCUUAGACACUUGGCACCAAUUUGAAAUAGAGGCUUCAAUUUCGCAAUUCCAAAAAAUAAUAAAAUCACCUCUGGAAAAGAGCGGCGUUGACUUCUGUAAGCUGCUGCAAAAUCUUUAUGCAUACUUUGAGCCUUUUUUCCAUAUUGACUUUGAUGAGUUAAUGGAUUACAAGAUCAAAAUUACAAACCGCAUAUUCAUGGGCCUCCCUAACCGUUACCGCGAAAAUCUUUUAGCUGUGAAGGACGACCAGGCUACUUCAUACACCGACGAGGCACAAUUCAAGCAAACUCUCUGGAAGCUUAACAACCUCGAGCUUAUAAUGUCCCUUUUGAAGGAUCUGGAAACAAAGUUGACCUUUAUCCAGAUUACCAACUACGUGAACAUUGCAACUUCCUCCGACUACAGUACUGUACUCAGCGACGUUCUUGACAGCUAUGAGGACACAGUAAUUGCAGUCAAAGACUCAGUUAUUCAUCGUAUCAAAAAGAUGCUCAAUAUGUCGCUGCGCAAUUACUUCAAAUUAAAUGAAUGGGCUUUAGUUACUUCAGAGCCUCAUCAGUGCAGUGCAGAACUCAUCGCGCCUUUGAGUCUUUCGAACAGACUUAUUGGAACGAUGGAUAGUUUCGAUUUGAAACCGCACACCACAUUGUCUGUUAAAAAUGAGGUAUUGAAUAUCAUUAUCCAUUAUAUGCUGGACUACGUGGUUAAUCUAAACAAGUUCAGCGAAAUGGGAUUUGUCCAACUACAGCUCGAUUACAACGCACUCAAGGAAACUCUGAGCUUUCCACAUGUCAGCAUCCCUCAGAAUGCGGAGGAAGGAGCUUUUCUUGAAUCUUUGAAAGUGCUGGAAUUAAGGUACAAAAGAAGCCAAACUAACAAACAGUUUCUGUCAAAGAGCUACAUUGACCGUAGGGAGUUUUCUGCUUUUAGGGACUACCUUCAGAUUAAGUACUCCACAGAUAGUGAGCUGGCGAAUGCAAUGUAUAGGCUUAUAUGA